AUGCUCAGCACAAGCACCACGAGUAGCACAAGUAGCACGAGCUGCCUCCUCCGGAAGCUCCACCGCAUCCUGAGCCAAGAGAGCCCAAGCAUCGUCGCGUGGAGCGACUGCGGGAAGCACUUUGCCGUGCACGACGCGCCUCGCUUCGAAGCCAACAUCGCGCCCACGUACUUUCGCCUCCGGACGCUCCGCGAGUUCCGCGCGCUUCUGUGCCAGCACGGCUUUGACUGCAGUGACGAAUUGAGCUUCAGCCACAGCGAUCUCUCACGCGACUGCCCCAUGCCGCUCGCGCCCAAGAAACGAGCGACCGGCAAGGUCCUCUCCAAGGUCACAAAGACGCGUCACCACCCCUACGGUACAUGCGCCACGACAACGACAGCGUCCCGGGGCGGCGACGAACUCUGGUCGGCGCUGGCUGCCGUCUGUCUGCAAUCAUCCGAAACGAGCCGUACAGCGACCAACCCGCUCUUCCAGAAGCACACCAGUUUCGAGACGCAGCCCGACGCGUGGCAAUUGCUCAACGGCCAUUCGGUCGUCUGCGUCUAA